GCGUAAACAACGGUCCUUUUCAGGGCCACCCAAUAUCACGACGUCUAGCCUUAGCCUGUCGACGGCUUCCACACCGAACAAAUCUAUAACCGGCCAUAAAUUUAUUAUUAUUGUUAUUGAUUCGGUUCAACGUCUAUUUUUUUCAGGCGAAACGAAAAGAUUUUAUCUAUAAUUAUUUGAUUUCUUUUUAUGUAAUUAUCUUACAAUUAUAUAAGAUUUCGUAUAUCCCGUUUUGCUCAUUUAAAAUCAUCGCACGCCCGCGUAUAAAAGAACAUCUGAAUCUCGUUUAUUUAUUUAUUUUGAAAACUUGUUUCAUCAAAACAAGCAAAAUUAAUAAGAACAAAGAAAUUAGGUAAAAGUGCGAGCGGCCAUCGUUUACAUCCAUGAAAACAAAAAUAGCCCUAAAACGACGCCAACACAUUAAAUAAAUCCUUGUUCAUUGUAUAAUUCGAAAAGUAUAUGUGAAAGUAUACCUGGUUAAACUACGAAACAAUCAAUUAAUUAAUUAUUAAAUAAUAACGAAUCGCCAAUACAAUCUUUGCGAAAAAAAGUUUGAAAUAUCUUACACAUUAUAUUAAACGUUCAUUUUAGCUUUAUUUAUUUAGUGAGUUUCUUCACAAUCUCUGAAAUCACACUACUAUAACAAAAAGAAGCAAUAGAGAAUUUAAAGUUUAUGUCGAAAAUGGGAAUAUAUUAAAUGAGUUUACGAGACGGUUAAUUUAGGACCGGAAAAAGUUACAAGUGCACGACCGUAAAUGAUCACGUGUGCGAACGAAAAUGAAGCUCUCCGUUAGGUAGGCAUUUAAAUAUCGGUAUAAAGGCUAGAUGUUUCAUGUUCGCUCGUACCGUCUCAGUUUACUCUCCGUCCGUCGUCCCGUGCGAAUUGAACAUUCACUAAAGCAAAAUGUCUGCGAGCGUCGAAUCUAACGCCGAUGUAGGUGAUGAGCAGAAGACAGCCGCUUCCAAGAGAUCAACCGCCGGUGGCAAGAAAAAGUCGGCCGUCGCAGCCGCAGGCACAAAAAAAGUCGUCGAGCAUCCGUCCUACAACGAAAUGAUUCGCCAGGCUCUCGUCGCCCUCAAAGAGCGCGGCGGAUCGUCCAGGCAGGCCAUACUCAAGUACCUCAUGGCAAACUUCAGGGUCGGAAGCGACGAACACGCCGUCAACACUCGCCUCAAAGUAGCCCUGAGGAGUGGCGUCAAGUCGGAAAUGCUAAAACAGUCUAAAGGAUCUGGAGCA